UUUAUUGUUUACAUUUAUUGAAAGCUGAAGGCAAAACAUGACAAACCAAUUAUUAAUUAGAUUACUUUAUAAUAAUUCUCCUCACUGACUUGAAAUUAAGCCCUUACCUGCCAAAUACAACUUUGAACAUUCUGGAGAUGCUCAUUGUCUACUAACUUUGGACUAAUGCUAAACUCGACAUUAUGUUGUCUGGAUUGUUUGUUUUUUAUAUAUAUUAUUUUUAUUUGUGAAUAUACAUUUUCCUCAUAAAGAAUUGUUCCCAUUUUUGUUAAUUCAACUGUUUUUGCUGUUUACAUGAGCAGUUACCAUGGACGAAAGUUUUCCUGGGCUCAGACAGAAAAAACCUGAUGCUUAUGGCAAGACACAAGAAACAUACAUGGCUCCCUCGACUUUCAACAUGAACCAAAACUUUGCAGUAGUUUUCCCCCUGCUCUCGGAGAGUCAGAGGCUUGUGUGGGUGCACUCAAAUGAAAUCGACCUCCAGCUGCUUGAUUGUGUUGCAGAACUGGACCAGGCCUUUGACAGCUUCCCCUAUCUCACGCAGAAACAGACAGCUGUGGUGGCACAACGCUGCUCUUUACACCCAGACCAGGUGAAGGUGUGGUUCAUGUUACAGAGGCUACACUAUGGCAUCAGCUGGGACUACAAGGACAUCCAAGGUCUUCGGAAGAAGUUCAAGAAUGGUCAUGGAAAGGCUCUGACCAAGGAAGAGCUGCAAAGCAUGAACACAAGAGAAAAGAAGAAACAGGGGGGAAAGGUCAAAGAGAGUGGGUUGAAUAAGGUGGGAAAGGGCAGGAAGGAACAUGUGGGAAAGAUAAAAGAAGAAAAAGUGAAGAACGAUGAGCAGCUGGAGAGAAAAGUAAUACAGGAGAAACCUAUAAACCAAGAGAAGAACAGCAAAGUAGAAAAAACUGAUGAAGAAGACUGGUGUCCUCAAAAAAAGCGGAAAAGGAGGACAGGGAGAAACAAGAUUGAAAAGAAGUUGAAGCAAGAUGGGGAUGGUGCUGUGGAGAGAGCAGAAGAGGAAACAAGAGGUGAUCGGGUUAAGAUGGAAGGGGAAAAACCCUUUAAGUCAAAGAAAAAUCUUCCAAUAGGAACAGAGAAGAGAACCAUGAUGAGGUUAGCUUUCUUGAACUGCCAGUAUCCAAACAGUGAGGACUUCAGCCACCUGACAGUGUUGAUUGGCAUCCCUCGCUCUGACUUGGUUCAGUGGUUCAGUGACAUGCGCUAUUAUGUGAAGAACAGGAGGCCACUCUGGAUGAGUCAGGAGCAGCACAGGCAGGCACUCGCCAACAUCCAGCAGCGGCAAAAUAUUUACAUGUGGGCGAAGGAAGCAGUGAAUGAUUUCAGAGGAGAGAAAACCCGGGAGAAGAUGAAAACAUAAAGGAACCUUCAGAUAUGAUGCCUCAGCCUCUGUAACAGAAAAGGGAAUGAAGACGGAGGAAUCACAUCUUCACAGUUUGGAAGUUACAGUUGUAUUGUGCUAAUUCUGGGUCCAGCUGUUUCACAAAAUGUCUAGUUGCCAUUUGUUGGACAUAUAUUGGAAAUGCAAUUUGAGUUUUUAGUUAUAAAUACAUUUUCAGGUCUUAAUAAGGAAUGCAUAAUAUACA